UGCUUCCCCAACAUCAGCGGUAAUCAUGACACUACUAAACCCUACCUUCAAAGAGCGUUCAAAUCCCUUUCAUUUGAUUUGCAGAAAUUAACCCAAUUGAAGCAAUUCCUCCCCUCUCACCGCUCCAUUUCCACCAUUGAAGCUUGAAAGGGAGGUAAUUGCUGUGCCCCUUUGGGUAAUUAAGGAGUCUCUAGCAAUAAAAGAUGGACAUUGAUGAAAGCAAUUCUCUCCCUAGUGGUAACCAGAAUUCAAGGAGUUCUAAAAUGGUCAACAAGGAAAAGAAGUCCAUUAAAAGGGGUGUUUCAAAUCCUCUCUUUGUUAACCACGCGGAGUUAGCUUGGCAUGAGAUGAGAAGAGCUUGGGCUGGUGAUAGAUCUCAAACAUCACAUAGCAAGUUUAGACAGCCAAUUAUGAGUUGGACCACAAGUUUUGAAGAUUUGCUCUCAUCUGGUGAACCAUUCCCCGAGCCAAUUCCAUUAGCUGACGUUGUGGAUCUUUUAGUCGACAUUUGGAUUGAAGAAGGCUUUUACAACUAGAUUGCAGGACACAUACAUUUUGAUAAGACGAUAUAACAUAACGAUUGAAACGAUAGCUAGAAAUCUUCGAUUUAUAUAAUGUUGCAAUAUAAGAGAAAUUUUCAAAUACAACAGAACAGUGAUAUGGUACUAUUGAGUUGAUUAACUUUGUGGUAAAAUAACGGUUGACUCCUCCAAAUUGUAUUAGUGAUAGCUUCUAUGCGUUAGUUAUUUUGAUUUGUUUGC